AUGGCUUGGAGCUGGCUGUCCGCUGCCACGCGGGAACAAAAAGGCUCUGCGGGGCCUGGAGAGGCCGAGGAGUUUCACACAACCCACGCUUCAGAGGCUGAAAGCAGCUUCAGUGAAGAGGAGGAAGAAAAACUUCAAAUAGCUUUUUCAUUGGAAAAGCAGGAUCUUCAUCUAGUUCUUGAAACUAUAUCAUUCAUUUUGGAACAGGCAGUCUAUCACAAUUUGAAGCCUGCUUCAUUGCAACAACAGCUGCAAAGCAUUCACCUGGAUCAAGACAAAGCUGAAGCGUUUGCCAGUGCAUGGGCGGCUGCAGGUCAAGAUACGAUUGAAAAGUUCAGGCAGAGGGUUUUGACCCCUCAGAAGCUUGAAACAAUUGGAUGGCAGCUUAAUCUUCGAAUGGCAGAGUCCAUGCAAGCAAAGCUGAAGUCUCCUCGAGCUGUGCUAGAGCUGGGAGUGAGCAAUGAAGAUUCAAAGAACCUGACGAAAGUGUUUGUAGAAUUUAGUCAUCAGGAGCUGUUUGAGUUCUAUAACAAGCUGGAAACUAUACAAGCACAGCUGGAUUCCCUUACGUGAUGUUUUUGAAGACUUAUUUCUCCAUCACACUCCUGCCACCUCAUUAUUUUGAAUUGAAGAUAGAUU